UUGUCAGCACGUGAGCUUAUGAACGCAAACUAACAAUUCUACUGGUUAGAAAAAAAGGGGAACUGCGUAUAUAUAUUAUACUGCGGAGGGAACACUCUUUUAUUAACUAAGGCGAGAAAACGUAUUUCACUCGUACUUAAAAUAAUCAUGGAUAAUACAACAUCAAACUUCACGAUUGGGAUCACGACGGCUGUUUCAUCAACGGCAAAAGACGACUCCAGCAUGGUAAUGGCGGAAAAGAUGCAUUUUGUCACGAGUGCUGUUAUUGGAACUAUUUUCGUCAUAAUCGGAAUAAUCGGAAAUAUAUUGUCAAUAAGCGUGUGGAUGAGACCUAAAAUGCGUUCAUCAACCGGAACUUACUUGAUCGGACAGGCGAUUGCAGACAUGGGUCUGCUUGUUUUCUUUUUUAUCACAGAAAGUGUUCCGAAAAUGGCACCGGAAGUGACGAAAUCAUUCUCCUAUGGUGUAUUCUUUUCAUACAUUGGAUACCCAAUAUUUUUUCUGUUCGUAAUAUGCAGUAUUUGGUUCACUGUGGGUGUAACCGUUGACAGAUACAUCCAAGUCUGCUGGAUUAAUCGUUCAAGAGAUAUGUGUACUGUAAAAAGGGCAUUAACAGGCUUGGGCAUCAUAACAUUUUUAUGUUUCAUCAUAAAUAUUCCACAUUUUGCAUCCUUCGAGCCAGUUCAUGCAUCAGAUACAGGGUUUCGUCCAACAGAAUAUGGCGGAAGCAAGAACUAUGAAUUCUGGGUACAUUGUAUGUUCCUCGUCCUCGCUCCAUGGGCUACCAUUUUCGUCUUGAACAUGCUAAUUAUACAACGAGUAUCAAAAAUAAACAGACAUAUGAAUGCCAAGAGAGGAGAGUCUGGAAAAGAAAAGGCGAAAAAGUCCGAGGCUCAGAUGACCCGAUUACUGUUGACUGUGACCUUCACAUUUCUGGUGCUUAUAGCAUUCCAGUGCAUCACACAGUGUUUUUUCAUGCUAGGAGAGGGUGAUCACCGUAUUGUCUCAGAAGCAUUUUCAAUAGCUAAGCUUGGCAUCGUCAUAAAUUCUUCCAUAAACUUCUUCCUGUAUUGCCUGAGCGCUGCGCGUUUCCGGAAGGAGCUUGCUACUGUCAUCUGCGCGCGCAUCCGAGGUUACGAAGAGUCACACACCUCAUUUUCAAUGUCCAACAGCACAUCUUCGUCUGCAAUUACAAGAACCAAAUCUGCAGUGUCAAAAAAGGCAUCGAUGGGACCGUAAACAUUUAUUCCAUGUUGUUUAAACAGUAUUUUAUUUAUGAUAACUUUGUUAAUUGUAUUUGAAUUUAAGUUUUUUGAGGGGUUGGAACAGUAUAUCUUUUCUUUUGUACACCAUGGUUGCAAAGUGUAAACAUAAUGAAAGAAUGAAAAACAAAAACAAAAACGAUAUACAAUAUCCAGUUGGGCAGAGACAAAACCUCGUCCAUCCAGGAAGAUCAAUUACCAGAGGUCUACCAUGGUUCGAAUCGGGAUUUUGACGAAUGAUGGACGAGAGUGGAAAUAUCAAGACUUUAGAGCUUCGAAUUUGAGAACAUACUUCAUGUCAACUUCAAGCUGUCAUACAGACAAACUGAGAAAAAAUAGGUCGGGCUACUAUUCGUCCGAUACAGAUUUUGUAGUUUUGUCAGCAGUAUCUAUCAUUGAAGUGCCACAUAUUUAGCAAGAUAAAUCAUUAUAUGGUUUGUUAGUGUCCAGUUACGGGAUAUACUCUGUAUUAGAUAGCUUAUAUCCGUGUCCGGUAUAUCUUGAAUCCGGUCACAAACAACGGAGGCAAAACGAAAGUCAGUGUCAUAGGUAAAUGUAUUAUAUACUUUGCAGAUGUAAAUGACAUUCUUGAUAUUAAGUGUUGUGAAAGUGUUGUUGUUGAGAAUGUGUAGAUGCUAAAGAGCUAUCUGAAAAAUUACCGCUUAACACUGAUAAAGCUCAAGUUUUGCAGCAACGAAAUUUUAACAAAAUGAGUAAAGAUAUAAAUGAAAAUGAAUACAUGUUAAUAACUUAA